AUGUAUCGUGCUCUUCGCUCAAACAGCCCUUCAAGGAACGACUCUUCAGAAGUCGAAAAGUUUUAUGAGGCCCCCGAUCAUCAUCCUCCAGGAAGUUUUCUUCGAAAGAAUAUCUCGUGGUUUCUGUUACUCUCUUCUCUUAUUGUUAAUCUCGGGUUUUUAGUUGUCAUAACAGCUAGAAAAGACCUCACCAAGUGUUUGGAGACUUCAAAAUUCGCCGGCUUAACAAGAACAAUCCCAAAGGCAUGGACUUCGAAUAGUGGUGCCAAUGAAUCUGAUCAGGAAAUGCUUUGGGACGAAACAAGCUACGAUCGUGGUCAAAUUGCUCUUGCCGACGACUAUGCGAAGGAGCUGGGACUCCCCAGAGCUCAGCGAUUUCCCUGGGAUCAGUCAAAAGGGAUCUACCUGAUAAAUGCGUACCACAAUAUACAUUGUGUUAAAACCAUCCGAACAUCAGUUGUAGAGUUUCACAAUAAUGUGCCACAGAGUUCACCAUAUCUUCAUGUCAUACACUGCUUGAAUGUACUUCGCGAUGAGGUCAUGUGUAAUGCGGAUGAUACUCCACGAUACACAGGAUUUCAAGAAGACCAGAAAAGUGGCCAAGGCCAGGUGCGAAUGUGUCGUGAUUGGAAACAGCUGGAGGUCUGGGCUGAUGAGCAUACUGCUUGCUGGAAGCAUGUUGGAGAGAUAAGAGAGGAUGGGUUCCGCGAAUUGGACAGAUAUCGCUUCUGUCCACCUGGGUCACCUUAUGAAGAGAUGUCUAAAACUGCAUGGCUUCGUCCAGGCCAACAUGUUGAGUAG